AUGAGCUCUGAUGCAGAAAUGGCCAUUUUUGGAGAAGCAGCUCCCUACCUCCGGAAACCAGAGAAGGAGAGAAUCGAGGCUCAGAAUCGUCCAUUCGAUUCCAAGAAAGCCUGCUUUGUAGCAGAUGAUAAGGAAAUGUAUGUGAAAGGCAUGAUCCAGAGUAGGGAAAAUGACAAAGUCAUAGUCAAGACCCUCGAUGACCGGACGCUCACUCUGAACAAUGACCAGGUCUUCCCCAUGAACCCUCCCAAAUUUGACAAGAUCGAGGAUAUGGCCAUGAUGACUCACCUGCAUGAACCUGCCGUGCUGUACAACCUCAAAGAGCGCUACGCAGCCUGGAUGAUCUACACCUACUCAGGCCUCUUCUGUGUCACCGUCAACCCCUACAAGUGGCUGCCGGUGUACAACCCCGAGGUGGUGGCUGCCUACAGAGGCAAAAAGCGCCAGGAGGCUCCACCUCACAUCUUCUCCAUCUCUGACAAUGCUUAUCAGUUUAUGCUGACUGAUCGAGACAACCAGUCUAUCCUCAUCACCGGAGAAUCCGGGGCUGGGAAGACUGUGAACACCAAGCGUGUCAUCCAGUAUUUUGCAACAAUUGCAGUUACUGGGGACAAGAAGAAGGAGACACAGCCAGGCAAAAUGCAGGGAACCCUGGAGGAUCAGAUCAUCCAAGCCAACCCGCUGCUGGAGGCCUUUGGAAAUGCCAAGACUGUGAGGAAUGACAACUCCUCAAGAUUUGGGAAGUUCAUUCGGAUUCAUUUUGGAGCCACAGGAAAGCUGGCAUCGGCAGACAUCGAAACCUAUCUGUUAGAAAAAUCCAGAGUGACAUUUCAAUUAUCCAGUGAGAGAAGCUAUCAUAUUUUCUACCAAAUUUUGUCAAACAAGAAGCCAGAACUAAUUGACUUGCUUCUGAUCUCCACCAACCCCUUUGACUUCCCCUUCGUGAGCCAAGGAGAAGUCACAGUGGCCAGUAUCGAUGACAGUGAAGAACUGCUGGCGACCGAUAAUGCCAUUGACAUCCUGGGCUUCAGCUCAGAGGAGAAAGUUGGGAUCUACAAACUGACGGGAGCCGUGAUGCAUUACGGGAACAUGAAGUUCAAGCAGAAGCAGCGUGAGGAGCAGGCGGAGCCGGACGGCACCGAAGUGGCUGACAAAGCCGGAUACCUGAUGGGACUCAAUUCUGCAGAAAUGCUGAAGGGCCUGUGCUGUCCAAGGGUGAAGGUUGGGAAUGAAUAUGUCACUAAAGGGCAAAAUGUCCAGCAGGUGACCAACUCGGUGGGUGCUCUGGCCAAAGCUGUCUACGAGAAGAUGUUCCUGUGGAUGGUCACCCGCAUCAACCAGCAGCUGGACACCAAGCAGCCCAGGCAGUACUUCAUCGGGGUCUUGGACAUUGCUGGCUUUGAGAUCUUUGAUUUCAACAGCCUGGAGCAGCUGUGCAUCAACUUCACCAACGAGAAACUGCAACAGUUUUUCAACCACCACAUGUUCGUGCUGGAGCAGGAGGAGUACAAGAAGGAAGGCAUCGAGUGGGAGUUCAUUGACUUCGGGAUGGACCUGGCUGCCUGCAUCGAGCUCAUCGAGAAGCCUAUGGGCAUCUUCUCCAUCCUGGAAGAGGAGUGCAUGUUCCCCAAGGCAACAGACACCUCCUUCAAGAACAAGCUGUAUGACCAGCAUCUUGGAAAAUCCAACAACUUCCAGAAGCCCAAGCCUGCCAAAGGCAAGGCUGAGGCUCACUUCUCGCUGGUGCACUACGCCGGCACCGUGGACUACAACAUUGCCGGCUGGCUCGACAAGAACAAGGACCCCCUGAACGAGACUGUGGUGGGGCUGUACCAGAAGUCUUCGCUGAAGCUUCUCUCCUUCCUUUUUUCCAACUAUGCUGGUGCAGACACAGGCGACUCCGGGGGAAGCAAGAAGGGCGGGAAGAAGAAGGGCUCCUCUUUCCAGACUGUGUCGGCCGUGUUCAGGGAAAAUCUAAACAAAUUGAUGACUAACUUAAGGAGCACCCACCCUCACUUUGUACGAUGCCUGAUUCCCAAUGAGACCAAGACUCCUGGUGUGAUGGACCACUACUUGGUCAUGCACCAGCUGCGCUGUAACGGGGUCCUCGAGGGCAUCCGGAUUUGCAGAAAGGGAUUCCCUAGCCGGAUCCUCUAUGCUGACUUCAAGCAGCGGUACCGGAUCCUCAAUGCCAGUGCUAUCCCUGAAGGGCAGUUCAUUGAUAGCAAAAACGCCUCAGAGAAGCUCCUGAACUCCAUCGAUGUGGACCGGGAGCAGUUCAGGUUCGGCAACACCAAGGUGUUUUUCAAAGCUGGGCUCCUGGGGCUUCUGGAGGAGAUGAGAGACGAGAAGCUGGUGACGCUAAUGACGCGCACGCAGGCUGUGUGCAGGGGCUACCUGAUGCGGGUGGAGUUCAAGAAGAUGAUGGAGAGGAGAGCCAUAAUGGACCGCCAUUACGUAUGCGUCAGGAAUGACUCCCAGGCAUUGAGCUUGGUGAAGCAGAUGGAAGCCAGCACGGAGACGAAAAGAAUCUCAAGAAGGCAAAGAGAAGCCAGUGUUCAGGAAUCCAUAAGCUAUGUAAAUACAAAGCUGUGGAGGGAAACGGAAAAUCUGAUGGACGCUGAGGAACGGUGUGAAGGACUCAUCAAAAGCAAGAUCCUAUUGGAAGCAAAAGUCAAGGAGCUGACUGAGAGACUGGAAGAGGAAGAGGACAUGAAUUCUGAACUGGUUGCCAAGAAGAGGAAUCUGGAAGACAAAUGCUGCUCUCUCAAGAGAGACAUUGAUGACCUGGAGCUGACCUUGACGAAAGUUGAAAAGGAGAAGCAUGCCACAGAGAACAAGGUAAAGAAUCUCUCCGAAGAAAUGACAGCACUUGAAGAAAACAUUUCCAAAUUGACCAAAGAAAAGAAGUCUCUACAGGAGGCCCAUCAGCAAACACUGGAUGACCUUCAGGUUGAAGAAGAUAAAGUCAAUGGUCUAAUCAAAAUAAAUGCCAAGCUUGAACAGCAAACAGAUGAUCUUGAGGGUUCCUUAGAGCAGGAAAAGAAACUGCGGGCGGACCUGGAAAGGGCGAAGAGGAAGCUGGAAGGAGAUCUGAAAAUGUCCCAGGAAUCCAUUAUGGAUCUAGAAAAUGACAAGCAGCAAAUAGAAGAGAAAUUAAAAAAGAAGGAGUUUGAAAUCAGUCAGUUACAAGCCAAAAUAGAUGACGAACAAGUCCACAGUUUGCAGUUUCAAAAGAAGAUUAAAGAACUGCAGGCUCGCAUAGAAGAGCUGGAGGAGGAAACUGAAGCAGAACACACACUCAGAGCCAAGAUUGAGAAGCAGCGCUCAGAUCUGGCCCGGGAACUGGAAGAGAUCAGCGAGAGGCUGGAAGAAGCCAGUGGGGCCACUUCAGCCCAGAUUGAGAUGAACAAGAAGCGGGAGGCUGAGUUCCAGAAAAUGCGCAGGGACCUGGAGGAGGCCACCCUGCAGCACGAAGCCACGGCGGCCACCCUGAGGAAGAAGCAUGCGGAUAGUAUGGCUGAGCUUGGGGAGCAGAUUGACAACCUGCAGCGGGUGAAGCAGAAGCUGGAGAAGGAGAAGAGUGAGCUGAAGAUGGAGAUCGAUGACAUGGCCAGCAACAUCGAAGCCAUCUCCAAGUCAAAGAGUAACAUAGAAAGAACGUGCCGGACGGUAGAAGACCAAUUUAGUGAAAUCAAAGCCAAGGAUGAGCAACAGACACAGUUGAUCCAUGAUCUGAACAUGCAGAAAGCAAGACUACAGACCCAGAAUGGGGAGCUGAGCCACCAAGUGGAAGAGAAGGAAUCUCUGAUUUCACAGCUGACCAAAAGCAAGCAGGCCCUCACCCAGCAGCUGGAGGAGCUUAAGAGGCAAAUGGAAGAAGAAACGAAGGCCAAGAACGCCCUGGCACACGCCCUGCAGUCCUCCCGCCACGACUGUGACCUGCUGCGGGAACAGUAUGAGGAGGAACAGGAAGCCAAGGCCGAGCUGCAGAGGGCGCUGUCCAAGGCCAACAGUGAGGUUGCCCAGUGGAGGACCAAAUACGAGACGGACGCCAUUCAGCGCACAGAGGAGCUGGAGGAGGCCAAGAAAAAACUGGCCCAGAGGCUCCAGGAAGCAGAGGAGAACACGGAGACGGCGAACUCCAAGUGCGCAUCCUUGGAGAAAACCAAGCAGAGGCUGCAGGGAGAGGUGGAUGAUCUGAUGCUGGAUCUGGAGCGCUCCCACACCGCCUGUGCCACCCUGGACAAGAAGCAGAGGAACUUUGACAAGGUCCUCGCAGAGUGGAAGCAAAAGCUGGAUGAAAGCCAGGCUGAGUUGGAAGCUGCUCAGAAGGAGUCCAGGUCACUCAGCACCGAACUCUUCAAGAUGAGGAACGCCUACGAGGAGGUGGUGGACCAGUUAGAGACACUGAGGCGGGAGAACAAAAAUCUGCAAGAAGAGAUUUCCGACUUAACUGAGCAGAUUGCAGAAACUGGCAAGAAUCUUCAGGAAGUGGAAAAGACCAAGAAGCUAGUGGAGCAGGAAAAGUCAGAUCUGCAGGUCGCCUUAGAAGAAGUGGAGGGUUCCUUGGAACACGAGGAGAGCAAGAUCUUGCGCGUCCAGCUAGAGCUAAGCCAGGUGAAAUCCGAGCUAGACCGCAAGGUCAUUGAGAAGGAUGAAGAAAUCGAGCAGCUAAAAAGAAACAGCCAGCGGGCAACGGAGGCCAUGCAGAGCGUGCUGGAUGCUGAAAUCCGCAGCCGGAACGACGCCCUGAGAGUGAAGAAGAAGAUGGAGGGAGAUCUCAAUGAGAUGGAGAUUCAGCUGGGCCACUCCAACCGCCAGGUGGCAGAGACCCAGAAGCACCUGCGCACGGUCCAGGGCCAGCUCAAGGACUCCCAGCUGCAUCUGGACGACGCCCUGAGGAGCAAUGAGGACCUCAAGGAGCAGCUGGCCAUCGUGGAGCGCAGGAAUGGCCUCCUGCUGGAGGAGCUGGAGGAAAUGAAGGUGGCCCUGGAGCAAACCGAGCGGACCCGCAGGCUGUCGGAGCAGGAGCUGCUGGACGCCAGCGACCGCGUGCAGCUCCUGCACUCCCAGAACACGAGCCUGAUAAAUACCAAGAAAAAACUGGAGGCUGACAUAGCUCAGUGCCAGGCAGAAGUGGAGAACUCAAUCCAGGAGUCCAGGAACGCAGAGGAGAAGGCCAAGAAGGCCAUCACGGAUGCCGCCAUGAUGGCUGAGGAGCUGAAGAAGGAGCAGGACACCAGCGCCCACCUGGAGCGGAUGAAGAAGAACCUGGAGCAGACGGUGAAGGACCUGCAGCACCGUCUAGACGAGGCUGAGCAGCUGGCACUGAAGGGCGGGAAGAAGCAGAUCCAGAAAUUGGAGAACCGGGUGCGGGAGCUGGAAAAUGAGCUUGAUGUGGAACAGAAGAGGGGAGCUGAAGCCCUGAAGGGAGCCCACAAGUACGAACGCAAAGUGAAGGAGAUGACUUACCAGGCUGAGGAGGACCGCAAGAAUAUCCUCAGGCUCCAGGACCUGGUGGACAAGCUGCAGGCCAAAGUGAAGUCUUACAAGAGGCAGGCUGAGGAGGCGGAGGAACAGGCCAACACGCAGCUGUCCAGAUGCCGGAGAGUCCAACACGAGCUAGAGGAGGCCGCGGAGAGGGCGGACAUCGCCGAGUCCCAGGUCAACAAGCUGAGGGCCAAGAGCCGAGACGUGGGCGGCCAGAAGAUGGAAGAAUGAGGCUCACCUGAUGCUCGUUGCCAUGGGACACCUCAGAGAGAGUGGAGGGAAAAUGUGUGAGAAAUAAAUUCUCCUAAAUACUCGGAUUCCCGGCUCUGCUGUGUUUAUUAUCAUGGUCCAUUCCUCUUCCAUGAAGCUGAUAUUUAGAUUCUUGCUGCUCUAUUGUAAAUAUUAAAAAAGGGAUGUGAAAGUGGAGGAUCUUUGCUCCAAGUAGAAAACAUGGAAAUUCAAACCAUGGCCAG